CAUCCGGCGCAGUCGUAGCCCUCCCAAGUACCGCCACGACGGCACUUCACCUCUCCCUCUGGGCAUGGACUGGAGCCCUCCUCCUCGCAAAUGGGUGCUCUAUCUUUUCGGUUUUUGAUUUUUAUGUAUUUUUUUUGUUUUGUUUAUGCUUCUGUGGAAACCCAGUUAUGAAGUUUUAAAUUUUUUUAUUUAGGGAAUUAUUGGGUUGGGUUGGAAUUUGGUUAGUGGGUUUUGUGAAUGUGUUGUUGGAGUUUUUGGUUCAAUCUGUUGAAUGUUUCAAAUUUGAUUAAUUUCAAGCACUUGAUUAUGAAGUUAGGGUGACUGAAGCGGCGGUGAUAAGCUAUAGUCUAUGUUGUAAGAUAUUAUCGAUCAAGUUAGUUAUUUUGUUUCAGCUUUGAAGCUAUAAAGAGGACAUAUGGCAGUUAGUAGUCUAAGCAUCAAGAAAUUUGUUUAUCGAAAUAUGACAGUAUGGAGAGGAGGGGAGGGAAGAAAAUUUUGAUCCAUGCUAGUGAUGGAGUGGAAAAGGUACUUUUGGACUUCUGAAAGCCCCAGAAGCAUUAACUAGGAAAGACUGCACACAAUCAAUGAGUAUUUUGUCAAUAGCUUUAUAAUGAGUGUAAAUUAUAUGAUAUGGUUAGUUGGUCUGGGAUGGAAGCUUGGGAGAAGAAGUUUUUGGGGGUAGAGCACAUUGUUGGCGGAAAAUUGGAAGACUGUUUUUGGACGGGGUAAACAGGAAAGGGUAAGGGGAGGAUACAGUGGAGGAAUUUCGAAGUCCAUGCAUCAAUUAUGAAAAGUAUAUACUAUGCAAUGAGAGUGAAAGAAUUAGGAAGUUAAAUUUUUUGCAUAGUCUCCAGAGGUAGGAGGAGGGGGAGAAUCCUGUGAAGUACCUGUGGAGUGAAUCUAGAACCUAAAGAGUUACAGGGAUUUGAUUGGAAGGACAUUUCUUGGAAUCUAAACAGUUGCAGAUGUUUGUAAAUGUGUGCACGAGAGAAGGAAGGAGCAGAGGAUCAGCAAAAUCUUUGAUGGGUGGGGGCAGGGAGUAGGGAUAGAAAUCCCCAGGAGAAUAGAAAGAUUCUUUUGACUGGGAAGGAGAAUAGAAUUGUAUUGAAGGAAGUAAUAUGGUGGGAUGUUGCAUCAUCUAUGCACAUUUGCACACUGGGAAAAAGAGGGUUAUGGAACAGACAAUAUUGCAGGAAUCCUAUAAAGUUGAUUGUGGGCAGCAUGCAUCUGAAAUUUGAGAUUGCAGAGAUACUAGAUAUGAUGUUGAGCUGUUAUGUAGGAUUUUGGUUGUUCACCAACAGAGAGAUGAAAACAAGUGUGAUAAAUGGUAUUUAAUUUUAGAUAAUUUUUUUUUCAUUCUCACCAAGAAAAAACAUGUUCUAGUAUAAGUUUUGCUGCAUGUAUAUGCUUCUAAGCUUGAGGUCCAAGUUUAAACAUUAUGGAUUUCUUGAGUAUAAUAGUACCCAACAUGACUAGAAAUGAUGGUGAAUACUUGUGCAUGGUAAUUGCAAAAGUUUAGGGGUUAGCCCUCCCAUGUCUUUAUUUUUUUGGGGGUUAGUUGAAUUCAGAGCUUCAACUGUGUAGUUGUUACAGUGAAUUAUGUCUCUGACAUGACCAAGUAUGCUGUAAGUUAAUCAGUUUUGUCAGUAUUUGACAGAUUUGGCUUUGCAGGCACACAAUGGUGCAUUUUUUGGGUUUAAAUUAUUAUGUUUCUUUGUCAUUUUCCUUAUAAUAAUCUAUUUUGGGUUUCAAAUGAAGGAUGGGCGCGACUCUGUUUGGCCACAUAACCCACCUACAGGAUGGAGUUACUGUGUCACUAUUCCUUCUUGGAUUUUCCUGCCCAAAUCAAGAGUUUUAUAGGGUUCAAGUUGGUGUACAAUCACGGGAAGGAAUCACCACUACUCGGGGGAUAUUACGAAGAUUUAGCGACUUUUUGAAACUAUUUUCUGAACUUAAAAAGGCGUUCCCUAUGAAAGAUCUGCCUCCAGCUCCUCCAAAGGGGUUCCUGAGAAUGAAAAGUCAGGCACAAUUGGAAGAGCGAAGAUGUUCUUUGGAGGAUUGGAUGGAAAAGCUAUUAUCAGACAUUGACUUAUCAAGAAAUGUAUUGGUUGCAACCUUUCUUGAGCUUGAAGCUGCUGCCAGGUCUUCAUUCCAAGAAGUGAAUCAGCAAGUUUCAGAUGUAAACUCUUCAACUAGUGGUGCAGCUCCAUCAUUCCUGUUACAAGCUCAUUCAGAUCUUUCUGUGGUUGCUGCUAGUUCAUCUAUUACAUCAGAUUAUGGUAAUGAUACUCCAUAUGAUGAAUCUGAGAUUGGAACACCAAGGCAUGGAGAUGAUAACCGUGCUAAUCCUGGCAUGGAGCAUUCGACAUCUGAACAGGACUUAAUUGAUUCAAUGGCAACGUCUGUCAAGUUUGGCAUAUUUAACCGGACCUUUGUUCAGGCAAGCCUAGAAAGGCUCUCCAAGCGUCAAUUUCCUGGCAGAAGUUAUGCCAGUAGUACUGACAGGGACCGAGUAAGUGAGAACAACUCUGAUGCCAGACCUCUUCGCAUGGAUGGAACAGAGUUCUUUUCGGAAAUAGAGGAUUGCAAGCGGGAUGGCCAUGCUCGAAGGCUGUCAACGGAGAGUUUUGGAAGUGACUUGAGUUCUGUGAGAGUUAGUGAAACAUCUAACUUGGGAGUGGCCAAUUUAUUUGGUGAUAGCUCCCUUGAUCUUGCAGAAAGUUCUGAAGCUCCUAAUACUUUUGCGAACUCAGAUUUAAGGUUUUCAAGGGACUCUCUUGUUGCUCUUCCAUGCGAUGAGCGACAUAAAUUAAACAGGGUUCUUACUACAAUGCAGCAGAGACUAGCCACAGCAAAAACUGACAUUGAGGAUCUUAUUGCUAGAUUGAAUCAAGAAGGUGCUGUGAGACAAUUCCUCACGACAAAGGUCAAAGAUCUGGAAGUGGAACUUGAAACUACCAGAGAGAAUUGUAAAGAAAACAUGCAGCAGACGGUGUUAACUGAAAAAGAAAGGUUUACCCAUAUGCAGUGGGAUAUGGAGGAACUCCGAAGGAAGUGCUUGGACUUGGAAUUACAAUUAAAAUCUGAGCAGGAUGCAAAGGUGCAUUCAGAGUCAACAAAAAUAUCUAUCAUUCAGGAGAAUGAUAUGUUGCUACAGGAGUUGGAUGCCUCUAGGCUGCAACUUGAGAACUUGCAGAAAUAUCAUGAAGAGUUUGAGGCGAAAUCAAAGACAGAUGUAAAGCUACUUGUUAAAGAGGUCAAAUUUCUUCGGAAUUCACAAUCAGAAUUGAAGCAGGAACUCAGUCGAUUACUGAAAGAAAAGUUAGAAGUAGAGAGGAUUCUUCAAAAGGAAAGGCGAAGAAUAGAGGGCGCAAAUACUGCUAAUGCAAAGUUGUUGCAUGAAUGUGAAAUUCUUCGCAAUCGGCUUCAAGAGUGUAGUGUUAAUUUCCUUGUUGAAGAGGAAGAUAAACUCAUUUUGGAUACUUCAUCCCCAUCUGAUGCUAUAGAUUUACUGACAACCUCGGACAAUAGAAUUGGUCUACUUCUUGCAGAGGCACAGCUCCUGGCUCAGGACGUCGAAAAUGCGGUUAUGGCAGUAGACGAAGCUCACAACAUCGCUGGCGGUGAUAGGAUGGCUGAUGAUGAGUUGAGGAAGAUGCUUACAGAUCAGUUUGUUGACAGCGCCAGAUUAAGGAUGCAGGUCAACUCAGUAAUCCGUUGCGCUUUAAAUGCCGAUAUAAGAGCUGAAGAAGAUGAUGAUGGAGGAGAUACAUACUUAAGGAAAACUGUUCUAAGCAAAUUCUUGGAAAAAUGACAUGUGAGUAAUAUUAUUGUAGAUCAAUAUACGAAAUGCAUACCCAAGUUUUCUAAAUCCUUGUAUAUACAGGUAGAAGUUACCAACACAUAUGUUCUUUCUAGAUUCUAACAUAUUAUCAUUCCUCAAGUCAAGCCUAUCUCCGAUUUCAUUGUACAACAGGACACCCUACUUGUGGUUUACUUUCCAUAAUCCAAUUCUUGCCAUUUAUUGGAUAGUUAUGAAUAAACAAUUUGUAAGAAUGCAUUAGAAAAGGGUGGAUGAAAAUGUGUGCCACCCUCCUUUUUUAUAUAAUAAAAAUACAAUCUAAAG